CAGCUGCAAAAUGAAGUUUGUCGACGAACCAAUAACAUACAAGUUGGAGGUCAAUAGUUGUGAUGACCCAGUCAGUGUAACAACUUCAAUAGAUGUACCUGAUCUACGUAUCUCUUGGUCUCAUACUUACACCAGUGACGAUACCGUAGAAGUCCCAGGAUUCACCGCGUCGGUACCCGGUUCUUUAUUGUCUGGCGGUGUGUACCUUCAAGUCUCUCUCACUCCGGACGGCGAAAGACUGCGUUUAACGGUAAAACUGUUGGCUGGAGGAAAGAUCUUCGGUAAAGAAGUUUAUCCUAUUAAAGCGACAGUGUUGGAGGGGGGUCUACCGAUUAAGACAGACGAAUGUGGUGUCUUCGAUUGGUGGCACGAGCUGAGUGACGUCACUAAGACGUUAGUGAUCGGUGGCUGGGUAAUAAUCAUCAUCUUGAUGGUCUCAAGCUGUUGUUGUUGCUGUUGCUGUAAUUGCUGUAACUGUCGUUCAUCCGGUCAAAAUACCGUUGUGGUGCGACCUGCCCCUGCGGUGGCACCUGCUGUUAUGGCAACAACUUCAAUGACCACCAACGUUACUAUUCCAAUGCAACCAAUGGUGCACAGAUUUUGAGUCGAUUAUUCAACGUGUUUAAAUGUUUGUUUUAUCAAAGUAAUGGCCAGACGGCUGGCACAGCGAUUUGAUUAGUGUCUACAUUAGAUGAAUAAGAGAUUCUGCGGCUUUUAGCACAAAAGAUAACAACUUAAAUAAGCGGAAACACCUGAACUUCUCGUCGCAAUUUAGUUUUCUGCUGUCCGAGUCGAGGUAGCCUAGUACCCAGUCUUCACCUGCACGUGAUUAUUAACCGCAACUGCUGAGCUAGAAAAACCCUAUGUUCUUUUGAAACCUGAAAAGUGAUUUAAGCAAAGUAAAAUACUUUUUUUGUUUUUAUGAAAAUUUCUCGUCUAUUGUUUCCGUUUCUGGGUUAGUCACCAGUCUUUCACUUCAAGCUCAAUGUUCACUUCUCAAGGUGCGAGAGCAUUUUUUCAGAAUUGGGGUACCUCGUCAAUUAUGCUAAAUUCAUCGAUGGCAGAAAAUAUGGCUGUCACACACGUUGUUACGCAAACUUGAUCUGUGAUUACCCGAGUAGUCCACAUCAUUCUGUUAAAUAUUCCUAUAUAUAAGUUGCCAUUUUCAACGGUCCGCAUCGCUCGAUUCAUUCGUUCAGUCAAAGAGGAUUACAUUGAUCACAAUUUAUGGCAGAUAUUAUUGAGUUUUACAAAAGGAGCAACUGCCAAAGCAACCUCGUUCCCGGGGUCCUCUCGGAGGAAAGGAGAGAACCCUGGGAACGCAGUUGUUGCCAUAACACGAACAAUUCCCAGAGACUGGAACCCCGCUUCUAGAAACAACGUCCAAACCAACUGGUCUCACCAAAGCCCGUCUGACCAAAGCCUGAGUAACUGUCACGGCAAAUUGGACAAACACUUUACACCGAAGCUCUACGUUUGCUGAAUUCUUCAUGGUAUAAAAUGACUGUGCUUAGAAACGUUCUUGUCAACAUUUUUCUCGUUGCUCUUUUUAGCCAGCUCAUUUCCUCAACUGCAGGUAGGUGUUUGAUUUGUUGACCAAUCUUUAGCCGCUCAAAACUACGUCUGUUGUUUACGUCUUCGACUGGAAACAGUCGGUUCUUUAAUCUACCAGAAAACUAAAGAGCUUAUCUGUUUCCGAGUCGAGUCGCUAUUCUUUAACUGCAGUCGAAGAUAAGCUGCGAGUUUUAUACCAAUACCUUCUAAGCGAAAGUUAAUUUUCACUUUGAAUACUCCGCUGAGAUAGAUCUUCAAUCUUUCCGAAACAUAUUGUCAUGCUAAUAUAAUUGUCAGUAUUUUGUGAACAAAGCAGGCGAAUAAAAUAACAUUCACUUUCACCAAUUACUAUCACUAUUUCUGUAUUUUCGUCAAGUGGAAUAAUUUCAGUUUUCUGUAUGCUUUACCCGCAUUCUAAGAAUUACGAGACUUGACCUUCACCAGAUUCUCGGAAUCCGGAUGCGGCAUAGAACUGAGAUAUGACCGCAUGCCACAUUAGAUCUUCGUCUCUAUAAGAGUAACAACAGCAGAAAUAAAAGUAUUUUUAAAGCGUU